CAUGGUGUGCGCCCGAGGACUACUGGUGCUAAGUUGUGUCGUGGUGCUGUGUAAGGGCGGGCCGAUUAUGGCCACAGUGCUAAACGAGUUUGAGGAAUACGUUGAGUCUGUGAUGGGGUGCCGACAGGUGCCCGGACUGACCAUUACCAUGGUCAAGGACAACUCGGUUAUAUACUCCAAAGGAUUCGGAUACGCUCAAGUGGAGGACAAAGUACCCGUAACUAAUGACACAAAAUUCUGCAUUGGGUCGCUGACCAAGGCUUUCACAAGUACCGUCCUCGCCAAAAUGUUGACCACACACUCAAGAUUUACCUGGGACACGCCCAUUCAGAAGAUCCUGGGAAAUGGGUUUCGGUUGAUUAACAAACUCCGUUCGGAGAACGUGAAUUUGCGAGAUCUACUAGCCCACAAGGUGGGUGUUCCGGGUUUCUUCAACGCUUUACUGGUGGGCUUUCCAGAAAAUGUCACAAGAGGAGAAUUUAUCAGUUAUCUGGAGUAUCUCCCCGCUUUCCUACCCUUUCGUACAAGGUUUGUCUACAGCAACUUCAUGUACACACUGGCUGGACACGUGUCCGAGAAGCUCGGGGGAAGGACCUGGGAAGAUCUUGUUCGAGACAACUUGUUUCAGCCUCUUGGUAUGGACACUUCCGGUUUUGUGACGGAAGUAUCCGAUUUCGACAAAAGUUUUGCCUUAUCGUACGCCAGUAGGAACCGAAAACCUGUCCGGCUAAACGAAAAACUAUUACAUUGUGUCGACCCACUUGGUCCUGCCGGAUCAAUAUAUUCUACAGCCAACGACAUGGGUAAAUGGAUGUUGUUUCAUUUAACCGCUUUCCGGAACACGUCCUUGACCCCGCUAGACAUCGACCAUGACAUUUUAGCGGAGACGUACGCUAGCCAGAUGGCCACGCCCUUUCAAGAGAAAAAUCUAUUCCGCCCCAAGUAUCCCAUAGAUGACGUAUCUUUGGCGUACACUCUCGGUUGGGUGACUUCCGUUUACAGAGGUUACAAGCGUGUUUGGCACUCGGGAGGAAUCGUUGGGUUCUCGUCGUUGAUGUGGUUAUUCCCCCACCAAAACAUCGGCAUAUUUGCCUCGCUGACCGGAUCACGAGACAAUGACAACCAGCUCCCAAUCAGAGUCAUCAUGAGCCGCGCGGCAGACAUGUUGCUUGGGGAAACGCCUUGGCUCGACAGCAGCUCAGCAUGCUCAUUUCCCGCUCCUUGGAGUGAUGUUUCGCCAUCUGUUCCAGUAACAGGAAUGAGCCAGUUUAGAACGUUUUGGAACAGUAGUCAGCCGAUGGAGUUUUACAUUGGAUCUUACGGUCAUCCAGCGUUCGGUAACAUAUCAGUAACGAUUGAGAACCAAACACAGUUAAUGCUUUAUUACGGUAGAUUCGGUCGAAUGGUCCUCACUCCCGUCACCGACCUGGCCUUCAAAGGACACUACAUAGGACCGCUCUGGUUUGCUACUCAGGCCGACGGACAAGUCAGGCCAGUGAAUGUUAACUUUUCAUUUCCGGUCUCAGGAGGGAUUGCCUCGAAUCUAUCGUACCCCGUAGACAAUGCUUUUGCGAUAACAUUUCAGAGAGAUUUUCGAAAACAUGAAAACAACGGUUUGCAAGGUUCACUGCAAUUAACGUGCACAACCUCAGGAAAUACACGCAUUCAAUCAACACUGUUGACAUUUUGUGUUGUGAUUAUUAUGGUGAUGUCCUAAUCUUCCUUCGUGAUGCUAUGAACAGUUUGUGUUAUUAGUGGACAACAAAACCAAUGCCUUUGGAUGUAACCCCAAAACGGCAAUUUUUGUUGUUCCCAAAAGUCGAAACAAUAUUAUUGGUUAUUCUUGGUUGUUCUCGAAAAAUGGGACAGUGUUCUUCGUUGUUCUUCGAAAAAUGGAACAAUAUUUCUUGUUGUUCUCCAAAUACGGAACAAUAUUCUUGGUUGCUAAGGAAACGAAGGUGUUGGUUGUUCUCCGAAAAACAGAAAUUAGCAGAAUAAUACCCUUGUCUAAAUGUCUGGAGUGGUUAGACAUUAGUGACUUUAUGUACAUGUAUUUAGACAAAAAAC